GGGCGGAACUUCCGCGGGCACAGUUCCCGAUCUAUUGGUUCAGAAAGCUACCGCCUCUUGGUCAACUGGUCGGAACCGGAAGCUGGGCUUAUAAAUUAAAGGAAGCUGAGUCUCACUGGGUUUUCGUGUCGGGUUUGCUCCUCCGCCACUUUGAACCCAGAUUCGAGGCUUCCCCUGGCCGAGCUUUGUCUUCGCCAUGGCGCUCAGCGAUGCAGAUGUACAGAAGCAGAUUAAGCACAUGAUGGCUUUCAUCGAACAAGAAGCCAAUGAGAAAGCAGAAGAAAUAGAUGCAAAGGCAGAAGAAGAGUUCAACAUUGAGAAAGGUCGUCUUGUGCAAACCCAAAGAUUGAAGAUUAUGGAAUACUAUGAGAAGAAGGAAAAGCAGAUCGAGCAGCAGAAGAAAAUUCAAAUGUCCAACUUGAUGAAUCAAGCAAGACUCAAAGUCCUCAGAGCAAGAGAUGACCUCAUCACUGAUCUGCUAAAUGAGGCAAAACAGAGACUCAGCAAGGUGGUAAAAGAUACGACCAGGUACCAGGUGCUGCUGGACGGGCUAGUCCUCCAGGGCUUGUACCAGCUGUUGGAACCUCGAAUGAUUGUGCGCUGCAGAAAACAAGAUUUCCCUUUGGUGAAGGCUGCAGUACAGAAAGCAAUACCUAUGUAUAAAAUUGCCACCAAAAAAGAUGUUGACGUCCAGAUUGACCAGGAGGCCUACCUGCCUGAGGACAUAGCUGGUGGAGUUGAAAUCUAUAAUGGGGACCGCAAGAUAAAGGUUUCCAACACUCUGGAAAGCCGACUGGACCUAAUAGCCCAGCAGAUGAUGCCAGAAGUCCGCGGAGCCUUGUUUGGUGCAAAUGCCAAUAGGAAGUUUCUGGACUGAGCCUAAGGAGGUGCAGUUCACCCACGGCUGUACUCUUGGAGAAACAGAUUAACUGUGUGGCUUCCUCUUUCUGUUCUAAUACUGGUAAUCAGUGGACACCCUCUACAGCUACUGCCCUUGGCUCAGUGUCAACAGAAGGGCCACUCGGUGUGGGCAAGAACCCAGCCCAUCUGACGCCACAGCUGUGCACUGGUUUGCAGUGGGAUGGGUGGGGUCAGAUGUGUGCAGCCCUCAAAGACCCAUUCUUUCCCUGCUCCUGCUCUCGUCUAGAGUGAGUCGUGCAUGCUGUCCCCUGCUCUUUGGGUGUAAGGUGCAUGUGGGGCGCACAUUCCUCCAGGAACACUAGCUGCACUGUUAUUUAGGUCUAGUCUUCCUUAUCUGUAAAUGUGAUUCAAAAUCUAAGCCACAAAUAUUAUUUAUUAAAACAAAAGGUUUAUGUGGA